CUUUUGCCACCUGGGCUGUGUGUAGUCUUGUCUGUGUUACUCGUUCUUUAUCCUACCGCCGACGCGCCUCGGUCCUUUCGCUGUGCCCUGCCCUUUCGAUUUUUGCCUUUCCCCUUUACCACAUGUCGCGCUCCUGGCCCGACGCUCCCUGCCUGGCGUCAGGGCUGCUUUCCUGGUCGCCAGCCGCAGAGGGGCGUCCGUCGUCGCCUCCCCCGCCAGCGCGCUCCGGCAAGGCUCGCAAAGGCCGGCGGCGGAAGGCCGACGGCCUCGAUGAGGCCCCUGCCGCCAAGCGCGCGGACACCCGCGUCGUCGGGGCCGCGGGCUCUGGCGUGCGGGCUGGUUUCCUGCGGCCGCCGGCUGGGCGGCGGCCGCCGCCUUCGGUGGCUGGAGCGGCCGGCGGCACUGCUGGGCGUGCGACCAGCUCCCUGGCUGCAGAAGGCCCGCUUGGCGGUGGUGGCGGCGAGCCCGGUGAUGACGCUUGGGCGGCUGGGGUGGGCCCGGACCCUGCUGUGGGUGGUGGCGAGGGCGACUACGGGACCGUCCUGUCCGCGGCGGACGUCACGGCCUUGCUGGCUGACCGCGAUGAGGCUGCCAGCCCCGGCGUUACCUUGAAGGCGGUCCUGUCCGCGGCGCAGGCGCUAUGGGAUGCGAGUGAUCAGUAUGCAGUGUGCUGUCGUGGCACUGGGCGCGCUCUGAUCCUGAGGUCCCUCCGUGGUGACGUCUGUGCCUUCGAGCGGGACUGGGUGGCGGACGGUGGCCCUCCCGUGUGCCCACGGGGCCUGGUGCCGCAGCUGCUAGAGGUCGCGGCGCGCGCGGACGCGGAGUUGUUGCGGGCGCUCUGGGCCGGGCCCUUGUAGUGUGUUGGCCAGGUUUGGCGGCGUGUUGGUGCGUGUGUGCCUGCCCUUGGUCGUGGACCUGCGAUGGGUCCCGCGUGGUCGCUGGUCUGCUUUGUUUCUGGGUCAGUGCGCGCGGCCGCUUGGAUCGGUGGGCGUGCGUGGCGGUUUGGUAGCAGCUGCUUGUGUUCCUUGGCCUGCAUGGGGCCCGAGGCCCGGUUUGCGGUGUGUUGGUGCGGGUGUGCCGGCGCUUAGUUGUGUGUGCGCCUGCGGUGGUCCAGUGCUCGCGGUGAUUUGGGCUUGGAUCAGGGGGGCCUUGGAAAGCUCAGAAUCUUACCCCAUGCUCAAAAUUGUAGAUCUUUAGAAGCGCUUUACGCACGUACGUUUAGUUGCGUCAGGGGUAGUCUGGUGAAGAAAUUCUGGGCGUUCAAAGUUGGGGGGUCGGCCAUCGUCCCUGGGGGUCCGCCGGGUUUAUUUCGGGAGCCCAUCCUGGCGGAUUUCGGGAAGCACCCCACAAGCAAAACUGGGAUCUAAACGCAGCACUACGAGGUUCAUAUGUGCAUUCUAUGCUGUAGUAAGCACAAACAAAGCGUGGUAGGGGUAAUGUGCGCGUCCUGGCGUGGACGUGUCGGCACAUGUCCCCCAAUUCGACACAUGCGCACUGACGUGGCGGGGCUCUCAAGCGCUGGUGCUCAUGUAUUCACGUUUAACAAGGCUGCCGAUGCCCACAGUCCAUUCGUCACACGGCAGAGAGUUGAGCACGGGGUGGGCCGGGUCGAGGCAGGGGAUUCCCAUGGAUAGGAUCCCGCGUGUGGACGAAGUCUCAAAACAGCACCGCCGAUCGCACGGAGCGAUAGCGCUCGUCAAGAUGAGUCGAUCGGCACCAAUUUGGCAUUAAAUGAAGGGGCUUUAACCCCUAAACAAGACGUUUUUGUCCGUGGGGGGGUCGGUCGUCCCCUCACCUUGCCCCUCACGAGGGGUUCGGGGCAUGGGGUCUGGCACUUUGCUUCCUAACCCCCCUGCUUGGAUGCGGUUUCUCCUUUUCCUGCUCCCUGUGGGUUCUCCUUUCUUUUCUUUUUUCUGCUCCCUUUGAGUUUGGUGGCUGCUUCGCCUGUUUUUGGGGGCCCCGGUCUGCCCUUGCUUUGUCCUGGAGGGGUGCCCUUGGGUUUUGGUGGCUGGUGCGGUGGUCCCUGGCGUUCUGUAUUGCAGGUUGCGGCCGCCGGUGUGGUGCUGUGCCUUUCCCCUUCCUUCUCCUUUGUAACCACUCUCUCAACUGUCGCCUGUGUCCCGCGGGGUUUUCGGUUCAAAGCAAUCUGUGACCAUUAUCAGCAGUACACGCAGAACCCAGCCCGUCCUUGUGGGGGGGGCUGUAUUUGUCGCUACUCUGCGCGGGCCGGCCACGUCCUGCUGGGCGGACACCUUUUGCAGCGCGAUGAGGUUGGGGCCCGACUACACCGGAGCUCCUCCCAGCGGCAGUCGUAUGACGACGCCUGCGGCUGUUACGUUCGUCGCAAGGGGGAUGCGCUUGAACACAGAUGUUGCCGGUGAUGUCCGACGUUGAUGUCAGGUACCGUAUUGCACCAAAGUAAAACCAGGCCUUGAUAAAUCCACUGGGUCGUCGUUGGCGGUCAGGAUAUAGUUGUAGGCUUGGGCGCCGAGCCAGGAGGGCUGGGGUCGCGCAAUACCUGAGAGAGAAUGUGCCGGGGCGGACUGCGGGCAAUGACACGAGCAUGUCAAGCCGAGCACAAGUCCAAGCAACGGUACUCUUUGGGCGCUGUCUCUCCCGUAAUAUAAACACAAGCUGGCUGCUGUAGGCCAAGCGUCGGGCUGGCGAAGCAACCGAGAUGGAACCGGAAUCUCAAUAGGCAGUCCGUUGUUUCCAAACAGAGCUCAGAUGUGAGCUGGAGGUCUUGUUGGAGGUCUUGAAUAGCUCAGGGUCUUGACCCAGUGGAGUCGGUGACGAUUCGAUGCUCGCAAGCCGGUCUUCACGUUGGGGUCGUCAGGAGAAUCUCAGAGUAGUCUUAAAUAGAAGAUACACCAGAAGGAUAGCUGAAUCCAGAAAGAAGGUCAAAGCCUUGGCAGAGCUGUCGGCAGGUGGCGAUGACCUUGGCCGAGGGGCUCGCGAGGCUCGUUGACGUCGCUCAGGCGCUUGAAGCCGCCGAAUUACGCAGUUGAGAUGCGUAUGAUACCACAGGACCGCGUCGCAGGGGCAGACGGGUCACGAAGAGUCGCGCACGGGGUCGAUGCGACCAGGCGUGCGGAUGCGGAAGCCGGGGCACAGGGGCCCGCUGAAACGGAGGCUCGGGCUGAAGGCCGAUGCCUCAAUAACUGUCGCGCCUUGGCGCUGGAAACUUGUGGACAGGCUCGCUGUCAGGGGAGAAGAGCCCUUGAGGGCUGGGAGACUGUUCUUCCGGUAUG